AUGUACCGCACAACAGGCUGUUGUUUGAUAUAAUUUCAAUACAUGGAUCACUGAGCUUGAGAAGGGCAACUGUGUGUUAAGACGUUUAUAUAGCUUUGUGUUUGAUAACAGGCAUAAAGGUUGACAUAUAAUGUUUUGGGUGGGUGCUGCAUGUAAACAGCUCAAACACACCAGUGCACUGCGUCUACACACCCGUAUGCUACACGUCUUGUGUCUUUCUUCGGAAUUAACCAACAAGGUACAGUGUCAAAUAUCGGAUUCAAGUUCAACUGGACGAUGUGACAAUUAGGAGCUUGUACCCAAGAAACUGUGUGUACUAAGUCACCCGCCGUCGUCUUGUGAAAAUAUGCCGAUGAGCAGACGAGAACGAAGAAACUGGAUAUUUGGGAUUUUUUUGUUUACGGUCGUGGUUCUGAAUGUCACGGGGCCAGUUUUUUUAUACUUACAUUCCAGAGGACGGCACAGUAUAGACUAUGACUCUAUCCAGGGUACUAUACUGUCUAAAGCUGAACUCGGCCUCGUUCUCGUUUCCUGACAUCGAGAACAGGGCACAAGGCGCGAUGUCGGAAGUGAAGGGUAAUCCCAAGAAGACGAAUGAAUAUGAUCCUAGAAAGCAACUGAAGGGAGCUCUUGAGAAGAAAGUGAGUCCUAAACCAGUGGGUGGGAAGAGAGCAGUCGUUAAAUCAGAAGUCAAGGGACCUAGAAGUACUGCCAGGGAACUUAGCCAAGGCACACUAAAUGAGAGAGGUCGGGUGCUUGAUAUGAACCGUAAACCCGCAGUUGGGAAGAGAGCAGACGUCAAAUCAGAAGUCAAGGGACUUGGAAAAACUGCCAGGGAACAUAAUACAGGCACACUAAAUGAGAGAGGUCUGGCGCUGAAUUUGAACCGUCAAACCCGCAGUUGGGUAUAAAGCAGACGUAAAAUCAGAAGUCAAGGGACCUGGAAAUACAGCCAGGGAACGUAAUAAAGGUACACUAAAUGAGAGAGGUCGGGCGCUGGAUAUGAACCAUAAACCAGAAGUUGGGAAGAAAGCAGACGUAAAAUCUUUCCGACAGAAACUUCGGGCACCGCAGGUGGAAGCAAUUGAAGAAGCACUGGAAGGACUCCCCGAGGACGACGCUCCUAGAAUAGCUGCCCCGAAGAACAGGGUAGCAGGGAACAUCUUUGAAAGUGAUGUGAAAAAUGAGCAUGUUCAAGAGGAAAAGCGGGAACAUAUAAAAGUUAACCCCCGGAACGACAAACACAGUGAUACUUACGUUUUGCCAGGAACAUUUGAUUACGACAGCGAUUGGUUCCAAACCGAGGUUAACUUGGACGACGACGACAACAACAACGACGUGUAUGCAUUCUCAGCCCAUUACGACGCCAGCGACACAGUUGUGAGGGUCGUCGCUCUAACACCAACGUUCCAGACUGUGCCGGUGUUUUGUAGACUCGAGAACAAUGGACAGGUUCUGUUGUCUGUGGAGGAAGGAAAGGAGGUCAAAAUGAAGGAUCAUCAUGACAGAAGUUAUACAGCUGCCGUCAUUCUGUGCAAAGUCCACAAAGGAGCUCAGCCAGCGAGAUUGGCAGUCCUACAAGAUAAAAGCCAAACCCCAACAAAAUACAUGAAAGUCAAUUACCCAAAGAAAGAGCACCACGCCUUCAGUGUUUGUGUGACUCCUUUCAGCCCUGUUUAUUGGGAUGCGCACGAGCUUGUUCAAAACACCGAGCUUGGGAUUAUACUGGGGGCAGAACAUUUUACAUUUUACGUCCAGUCGGCAUCAGGACCCGUCCCGAACUACCUGGAAAAAUAUCAGGGGAGGGGUGUGGCAGAGGUGUUACCUUGGUCCCCUCUUAUUGAUGAGGUUCACGCAUAUGGCCAAAUCGCCGCAAUACAGGACUGUCUUUUCCGGAACAAAGCCACCUCCGAUUAUAUACUUUUUCAAGACAUCAAUGAAAUAUUUAUGCCUCUUAAACAUAAAUCCUGGAAAGACCUUAUCGAAGCUAAAUUAAAACACAAACCAAAAGUAGCUGCCAUUGUCUUUCUAAAGAGUUUCUUUCCUUUGGUUGAUGCCAAAGAUUUAGCAGGAAUAGAGGAAUAUUAUAUUCCUUUAGUUAAAAAGUACAAACUAUAUGUUUUGUCCAAUCCUUGGCGAGAAUCCAAAGUGUGGGACGUGAGGAUGCGAUCUAAAUUUAUUGUUAUUCCAAACAGAGUUGUUUCCCUUGGAAUAGUCAACAACGUCAAUAAGUUCAAGGACGGUUAUACUUCGAUGACCAUGGAUACACAGGAGGGUUUGUUAUAUCAGUAUCAAGGCCAGAAAGACGAAAGCAAACCCCUUGUUAUGGACACCUCUGCUAGACGUUUCGCGUCGGAUUUAAUCGAAAGAGUUGCUGAAGCGUGGAACGAUGAAAAGUGAAAUAACAAUACUCUCCAACAAUAGAGAGAACAAAUAAUACAGUGUAACGUAUUUAGUCCACGAUUUGUUAAUGCGGACAUUUCUUAAUACGGACAACUUCAUUCAGAACGCUGUCGUUCGGAUUAAUGGAGUUCAAUUUUUCAAAAUACAUUGUUGUUCUCAA